AUGUCCUGCGCCGACAACUCGGGCGCCCGAAACCUCUACAUCAUCUCCGUCAAGGGCAUCGGUGCGCGAUUGAACAGACUCCCUGCGGCUGGGGUGGGCGAUAUGGUGAUGGCUACGGUUAAGAAGGGAAAGCCUGAGCUGAGGAAGAAAGUGAUGCCAGCAGUGGUGGUGCGCCAAUCGAAACCCUGGAGACGGGCAGAUGGGGUGUAUCUCUACUUUGAGGAUAAUGCGGGCGUGAUUGUGAAUCCGAAGGGGGAGAUGAAGGGGAGUGCUAUUACGGGGCCAGUGGGGAAGGAGGCGGCGGAGCUGUGGCCGAGAAUUGCAAGUAAUAGUGGUGUGGUUAUGUGA